CACCCUUCAAAAUAGAAACAAUCCUGAAUUUCAGCAUUCCGAGGAAAAAGAGCGCCAAGAUCCCAGUACUCCGCACUGUGAUUUCCGAACCUGAAAUUCUCCAGUUUUUGAUUCUCAGAGUAGGAGUUAGGGUUUUUGAAGAUGAUGACGGAUGUUGUUCUGCACAUAUACGAUGUCACGAAUAGUGAAUCGGAGAAGACGAACAACACCAUCCUUCAAAUCAACAGGAUCUUCAAGGACAGAAUCGGCCUCGGCGGCAUCUUCCACAGUGCCGUUCAGUUACAGACUAAAGCUUUUACGUCGGUUGAUGAUUUCACCGGCACCGGCAAAGCGUUUUCACCGUGGCUAUAAAACAGUAGGGAAAAGAAGGCCGACCUGGCAAAACGGCAGCGUUCGUUGCAUAACAUAUUAGAGGUUAGAGUCGUCCUUUUGAAUCUGGGCAGAAAAACGACAGCGUCUUUGUACCCUUUUCUUUUCCUCGUUCAUAGUAUUUGUAACAUCAUUUUGACGAUAAAUUGACGUCAUUUUG